CUGAUUGUCUUGUCUUGGAGACUAUGGUAGUCUUCCAGGUGGCACUCGUCUGUACGAGGGGCUGAACAUGAAGGCUACCAGCAGUCUUAACUCUCUCAGACUCUGCAUAUUAUUGUGUUUGUUUGUGCUGCACAUGUCUACGCGCGAGGUUGGAAAAAUGGCCUCUCCGUCGAAUUUUGGCGUCACAUCAACGCAAGUACGCCGAAGUCGACACCCGAAACAGAGGAACCCGUAUUAAACACCUCUCGUAGAAAGCCAAACUGAAGACGAAGGUAUGCGACUCAUGUUGCAUUUAUAUAGGAUAGCGGCGGAUCCAGACGGAAAGCCAAAGCAACACAAGUUAUUUGGGUCCAAUACUGUAAGGUUGCUGCAAGCUUCCGCAACUGAGAAGCACUUUCUCCCAACGUCAACUGACCUUCAAUAUACCUACACUGUGAAAUAUGAACUGAAAAACCUCUCAUUGAACAAACUGGUGAAGGCGUCUUUUAUGCACCUGAGGUCUCCUGUGUCAUCCCAUCCUAUCUGUGUGGCUAGAGUGACCUCUUCACAAAAUCAUCCUGAGGGUGACAAUGUUACUAUGGGUCCUCGAAGCCUGUGGACUGAAUCUGAUGUUACAAACCACGUGUCCCAGUCGAAUGGUGACCAUGUAUUCCUCUUUGUCCAUUAUCGAUGCUCAAAAACAGACCGUGAUGCGUCUAUCGUAAGACUCGUUACGCAAAGAAAACGUUUCCCACCUCAAAACCAUCUCAGAGCUCCCGUUUUGCUACUUUUCUUGGACGAGAACAAGCAACUCAUGGAAUAUUUCAAACCCCUUUCUCGCCCUAGCACAAGAUCCCGCCGUUCCAAGGAGCCCGGCAGCAUUGUUUCUGAUAUCCCCAACUACAAGCAAGGGCCGAACAGUGUGGCCAAAAACCUGUGUAAGCUGCAUUCCUACCGUGUGGCCUUCAAAGACCUAGGAUGGGACCACUGGAUCAUUGCACCCCACAAGUACAAUCCACGUUACUGUAUGGGAGACUGCCCUCGUAUUCUCCAUUAUGGCUAUAAUUCACCCAACCAUGCGAUCAUGCAGACUUUAAUCAGCGAUCUUGGUGUUGCAGAUAUUCCGCUACCCUCCUGCGUUCCUUAUAAAUAUAAACCGAUCAGCGUGCUGAUGAUGGAGAGGAAUGGAAACAUAGUUUAUAAAGAAUAUGAGGACAUGAUUGCAGACUCCUGCACCUGCAGAUGACUUUGGGCUCGGGUCAGAAUAGGAAAAAGGUGCGAAAGGGCAAUGUGAAUAUGUACCAGCACAGUUAGAAAACUAAACUGAAUGGCAAGGUGUGCAAUGGUGUGUCUGUUUUGAUUGCCUGUUGCCUUUGCAUAACUACCACAAUUUUGAAAAUGAGGUAUCCGUAACACGCCUCAAUUGUGGAGAAUCAUUAGUUUAGUCUUAUCAUGUUCCCAGUACCUGACAUUUGGCGAUAUAGAUAUAAAUAAGUGGUCAUGAUAUCAAGUGUAAUAGGUGGAUAUUAAGGUUUUAGACCUGUUAAAAUAAUUGGCUACAAUAUUCUAUUUUGUCUUUUUUUCUUAUUUACCAUUUGUCAGUGUAUGUUUUUGGUUUCUGUGUGGUUCUGUCUACUGUUUGUUACUGUUAUAUCUGUUACUGUACAUAAUGUAUUUAUGAAAAGGGAUGAAAGUAGGAUUAUGAACAUUUUUGCACUUUAUCAAAAGACACUAGUGAAUAUAAAAAAAAACAAAAAGGAAAAAAAUAUAAAGGAGGGAGGGGAAAAUACAAUCACUCCCUGUCUGUUGACUGUUAAGUAGAUCAGGACAGAGUUUGGACUUCAGAAUGUUGCUCUACGUUUGUGGCCUCUUAUUACAUCUUGUCCAUUUUAACUGCGGGCAGGAGGUAUGAGGAGCAGUUGACAUUUUGCACUUUCUCACUGAAUACAUGCCAUACAGUAUGUUUAUGAAAUGGACACUUUCAUAGACUCAUUUUGUAGUGCGGGAAUUAAUCUAUUCACAUGAAAUACAAAGUUUUAAUGUUAUAAUGAGAGAUGAUGAA